AUGAAUAUUUCCUCAAAGUCGGGCGCGGACAAGUCGCCAGAUUGGAAUGGAGAUGCGGAACUGAGUAAUGGUCAAUUGAAGCAUGAACGUUCGAUCAUUGGCAUCGAUGCGCUAGGAGGUGCAUGGCGAAAAUUAGCAACGAGUGAUUUGUUAUGGGAGCCGCUACUGUUUACGCCAUGGGAAAAAUACCCAUUGCUUAUGUUGCUGGGGCUGGAGCGAGACCCGAUGCGUCAGCGUGUUGAUGUACCGGCAAUUCUGGUUUAUAUGGUGUAUCAGAGGCUUAAAAAUUUUGUGGCUGUGCAUCGAAUGAAGCUAAACGAUCCCACCAAAGUUAUUGAAGCUACACCGAGAGACGAUGGCAUCAUGCUAGAUUUAUUAGUAACACUUAAAAAGAAAACAUGCAUCGGUGCGAAGUUUCAAGCACAGCCUGAAUUCAGUGUACAGUUAUUUAGUAUCAAACGCGAUUUUACGACAUCAGUGGUGCGUGCUGAAGACCAAGACUCGAGUAGAAUGGCACUAGAGAUGCAUCAAUGCAAGGUGAAGCAAUCUCGUUACAUGGCGAGUAUGGUACUGGUUCAGCCGAAGACAUUUCCAGCGUUGUGA